CCUACAGGCUGCAGCAACUCUGAGAACAAAAUGGCAGCUGAACUCUGAGAGAGGCAGUUCUUAGCUAUGUAAAGGAAGGGGCGGCGGCACCUUUAAAACAAAAGGCAUUGCAGUUUCCCAGCUACCUACACCCAACAGGGGCCUAUUAGUUCCAAAUUUGAUGGUGCUUUCCUGUCAUGUGGACACUUGUCUAUAAAGAACAAAAUUGAGACCAGCUCCUUUCACACAGGCCACCGAGUAGCCGAAAGAGGAUAAAAACUUGUGGUCCCUAGUGGCCGGUUCUGGAUUUAAAUCAGUGACCCAAGCUGAAGAGCUCCACCAAUCACCGGAGCCAUGUAGUUGUCCGAGGAUGACUGUGUUAUGCCCCGAGUUGUAUUUUCACCUCGGUUUCUGAUUUACUAUACAUUGGACAUACAGUUAUAUUCCAUCUCUUUUGAACUGUGAAUGAAUAUCGUACCAUGCGUACUUCAUAGGCUUCUUGUAGAAGUUCAGCUGCUGCUGAUUUAGAAUUUCUGAGGCUCCAUCAGAAAAACUAAAAAAAGAGGAAAAAAGAAAACCCCAAACAUCAAUACCAAGAAUAUGAAACCAAACCUCUAAAGCUUCCUGGUUGUGAAGCAAAAGAAGGAGCGUGUGUUUCAGCCACACUGCCGGCAGGUGGACUCUGAAAGAUCUUAUAGACCUCGCACUUCCUGUGGAGGCAGCCAGAAGAACAAAGCCAGUGGAGGUGCCUUUUCUCCUCACCAUCCCACUAUCUGUUAACUCGCGGCCUCCAGCCCCCCAGUGCAAUCCGGGGGGAGCAAGAUGAAGUGGAAGGGGAUUGUUAUCUCUGCUGUCCUGCAGGCACAGCUCCCAAUUACAGAUGCUGCACCGGUUCCGGGACUGACAGACCCGAGACUCUGCUACAUACUGGAUGGGAUCCUCUUCAUCUAUGCAGUCAUCAUUACGGCCCUCUUUUUGAAAGCUAAGUUCAGCAACGCCCCUGAACCUCCGGCUCUGCAGGGCCAGAAUGACGUGUAUAAUAAAUUGUCUCGUACAACCAGAGAUGAAUAUGAUGUUCUGGGAACUAAAAAGAGAGGCUCUGACCUUGAAAUGGGAGGGAGAAAUCAGCAGAGAAGAAAGAAGUCAUCUCAGGACACAGUUUACACUUCUUUGCAGAAGGACAAGAUGGGCGAGGCAUACAGUGAAAUUGGGAAGAAGGGAGAGCACCAGAGGCGGCGAGGCAAAGGGAAUGAUGCUGUCUACCAGGGACUCAGCUCCGCAACGAAGGACACAUAUGAUGCCCUCCAGAUGCAGCCAUUGCCCCCUCACUAAGUGGCAUUCGUGCAGUGGAUGGGCAAGACUGAGAAGUCCAGAUGCUUUGGGCGAGGAGAGAAGGGAAACAAUUUUCAAUCCAAAAAAGGCCAUUCAGUCAACACCCAUUUUUUCAGGACUGCAAAUUUCAUAUGCAUGGUUCGUUGCACCAAGUAGGACAAGUCUGGAUUUAGUUCCCCUCCUCCCUUCCCCCCUUCAAAACUAUACAAUCUCAAGCUUUAGCUUUUAAAUGUACAUAUCUGUAAAACUAUUCCUAAUGAUAGUGGCUGUUUCAUACUAGCAAGUGUCGGGCAGGAGACUAGGACGUUGGGUUCUCUUCCUCCUCCUCACUGAGCCAGUUUCUCUGGCUAUUUAAAAAAAAACCCCAAAACUACACCCCAUAUACCCACCUCACAGGUGGUUGACGUUUAAUUAUGGCUAAAGCACUUCUAAGGUCCUCAAAAGGAAGGUGCUAUAGCUACACCCAGUAUUAUCUACAGGAAGGCUAAUCUGCAUCAGCAUAACUAUGGCAGUCUAGCUCCAAUAUUUUUCUGCUGUAAAUUUAGCUUUAUUUCUAAGUUGGUUUUAGCUGUGGAGAGCUGUUCUUACUGUAAAUGAUGACACGUUCCUAGAGUGAAAGACAAAUGCUAAAAGCAGGCUCUACCGUGACAGUGUGAGGAGGAUUCAGUGCUAGGCUGCAACAAGCAAUCAAGAAAAUAACAUCCCAGUGUGACCAGCUCUUGCAGCACACGGACAGCAUCCAGAAAUGCUAAUGGAAAUAUAUGAAACGUAGGACACCUUUACCGGCGAGGUUCCAUGGUAAAAACAGGAGUGGUGCAGCACAUAGAUUAUGCUCGAGAACACUGGGAAAGUUGGAAUUUAAUUAAAAAGGGAAGUUUUUUAAAUCAACAAUCCAAAACUUGAGCGCUCUCUUCCAUCACUAUUGCUCAAUCCACACAAUUUUUAAGGGCUAUUCCUCCCCCACUUAAAAGACAGCACCGAAGUAUGUUCCUGUUAUAUAAAACAAUGCCAGCAAGUGAUGAGUAUUUUGCUGAGGAAAGUGUACAAAAGCCGAAAGAAAAGUAAGAAUUUUUAAAUACCUGGUAGGAUAAUUUUAAAGAUGAGGAGUACAGAUUCAACGCAAAGGUGAUGGUGGCUCAGCAAUUCAGAUGGUUUUUGAUGAGGUAAUAAAAUGGAUGGGAAAGCCAUGGAUGUGUAAAUGUGUUUAACUGAGUUGUGUGCUAGUCCUGCUGUUGCUCUCCCGCCACAAAAGCUGCCUGCACCCACCUGAACAGUCACAAUUGUCACGUCAAACUAAGCCAGGCUGGACAAGGUUAGUACGUGCUGGAAGGCUGCCAUCCACGUAUUGCUGAAAUCUUCAGGCCUGGUCUGUAUGUAGGUAACUUUUUUGUACUGCUUUAAUAAUGAUAUUGGUUUAGAAACAGGUAAACUUAUUGAAAUGAGCUAUACCAAUAUAAGCACCUUUUUAGAGUGAUAUAAAUGCAUCUGCAGUGGGGGGUUGGUGGUUCUACCACAUUUUUUUGUACCACCUGAACUAUAUAGUUUCUAAAAUCAAUACAAAUACUGGCAGUAGGCAAGCCCCUUAACAUGGCACUGGGGGCUCUCUCAAAUAUAAAUUUGUGGACUUACUAUUCUUGUUGUGAGACAAAAUGAUUAGAGGCAUGGAAAGAUGGAGUAAAGGGGAUAUGCUAGAGUGUCCGCUAAAAUAACAAACAGAGAAGGUCAAUCAAACACUCAUACUUUCAUAAUACAAGACCAAGCUGCCAGUCACUGAAAUUAGAAGACACUGAGUCUACAACUGCCAAAAAGAAAUUGUUCUAUACAACACAAAUAAGCUAGGACCUAACAGCUAUAGGGCAGUAAAGCCUAGAGUUUCAUAUUAAAAAAAUCUCAUAGGUGGCUAGGGAAUAAGACAACCACUAAUCUGGGGGAGUUAACGAGAAAGUUUCCCUUUAUGCUGUCUCUAGCUGUGAGAGGAUGUUGGCUCUCAGAAGUUCCCUCUAGUAUUUCUUCCAGGACUCGCAAGGCAUCGAACAUGCAAGGUGGUUUGAAAACUAACAAACUGGCUUUUGCGGGAGAGGCUGGCUCUGGUGUUACACACAUGGUAAUUACAUCCUUUCCUAUUUUCCAAAUUCAGUCUUUACAUUCAAGAACCUUUGUCCACAGUCCCAAGAAGACAACCCAGGCUGCUGCUUCUCUUUUAGAAAAGAAGAGUGGACAAUGCAAUGGUGGCAGAGCAAAAGCUUCUCAAUGAGAGCUGAUCACCUGCAAUCUGUUUGGCACAACUGACAAAUAGCAAGAGGGAACAUCUCUCAGGACCAGCUUGAUGGAUCUGAGGAACAGAACUAAGGAGAUUUUUGCCCUCCAACUAUUGAUGUAUUUAAAAACCACAAACAAGUACAUACAUGUUAAAACACUUGGAAAAUGGUUUAAUGAUGUUU